CACACAGAGAAACAAGCGUGCGAAGCUGCGCUCAUUCCUCCUUAUCGUGGGCUUGAAGACACGCACCCUAUGUAAGGUGGAAGUAACUUUUAUCCUCCGGAGAAGAGUUAGAAACCACCCGUUAUAUACAUCUGGUCAGAAGUGUCACGGCAAACGAUAACCAUGUCGGCCUCAUCGGCGAAAGUCAGUAGGAAGGAGAACUCAAAUCAUGACGGAGCGGACGAGACCUCUGAAAAAGAGCAACAGGAAGCAAUCGAACACAUUGAUGAAGUACAGAAUGAAAUUGACAGACUGAAUGAACAGGCCAGCGAAGAAAUUUUAAAAGUAGAGCAGAAGUACAACAAAUUACGCCAGCCAUUCUUCCAGAAGCGAUCAGAACUCAUAGCCAAAAUUCCCAACUUCUGGGUCACAACAUUCGUCAACCAUCCACAAGUUUCAGCUCUUCUGGGAGAGGAGGACGAGGAAGCACUUCAUUACUUGUCGAGGGUGGAGGUCACCGAGUUCGAGGAUAUCAAGUCCGGAUAUAGAAUAGAUUUUUACUUUGAUGAGAAUCCGUACUUUGAGAACAAAGCCCUCUCCAAAGAGUUCAACGUCAACGAGAGUGGAGAUCCUGUUUCCAAAUCAACUGAAAUCAAAUGGAAAGCUGGAAAGGACCUGACGAAGCGUACGGGCCAGACGCCAAACAAAGCUGGGAAGAAAAGGCAGCAUGAGGAGCCAGAGAGCUUCUUUACCUGGUUUAGCGACCACUCGGACGCAGGAGCCGACGAACUGGGUGAAGUGAUCAAGGACGACAUCUGGCCCAACCCGCUGCAGUACUACUUGGUCCCCGACAUGGAGGAUGAGGAAGGCGAUGGGGAUGAUGACGACGAUGAAGAGGAGGGUCUUGAAGAUAUCGAUGAGGGGGAGGAAGAGGAAGGUGAAGAUGAGGAUGAGGAUGGAGAUGGAGAAGAUGGAGAGGUAAGAUUACUGUAG